AGAAGAAGAGGGUCAACAGAAAAAAAACAACAAGAGAUUGUGGCAUAAAAAAUAUAACGCAGCAAACUAUUUCUCCCUUUUUUUAUUUUUACGAACGCGUGGAUUUAUUUCUAUUACCACCAUGUCGCGUGCUGUAUUAAAGGAUUCACCAAAUGCGGCUUUGGACAAAACGUUGUUGCAAAAAUAUCUUGACCUGCCACAACCGGAAAAUGCAACUCAAGUAAGAUACAUAUGGAUCGAUGGAACUGGCGAAAACGUGAGAUCUAAAACCCGAACUUUGGAUUUUGUGCCUAAAAGUCCUUCUGAAAUACCAGAGUGGACUUAUGACGGUAGCUCGACGUAUCAAGCGCAAGGAAUCAACAGUGAUAUCUAUCUUUCUCCUGUAGCGCUUUACAAUGAUCCAUUCCGACGUGGUAACAAUAAACUGGUACUCUGUGACACCUAUAACAGCGAUAGACAACCAACAAAAUCAAACCAACGCUACUUAUGCAAUCACGCAAUGCAAGCAGCUAGAAACGAAGACCCUUGGUUUGGUAUUGAACAGGAAUAUACCCUUUUGGACAUCGAUAAAAAGCCAUUAGGUUGGCCUAAAAAUGGUUUCCCAGGUCCUCAAGGUCCGUAUUAUUGCGGCGUUGGUGCGGAUAAGGUCAUGGCUCGUGAAAUUGUCGAGGCUCAUUAUAGGGCAUGUAUUUAUGCCGGUGUUAAAAUUGCCGGUACUAAUGCCGAAGUUAUGCCAUCCCAAUGGGAAUUCCAAGUAGGUCCCUGCAGUGGUAUCAAAAUUGGCGACGAUCUAUGGAUCGCAAGAUUUAUUCUUCAUUACGUUGCCGAAGAAUACGGUGUUAUCGUUAGUUUUGAUCCAAAACCGGUCGAGGGUCAAUGGAACGGAGCUGGUGCUCAUGCCAAUUUCUCUACGAAAACUAUGCGUUCCGAAAACGGUAUUUCAGAAAUCGAAAAGGCAAUCGAUAAGCUCAGCAAACAACACCUUAGACAUAUCCAAGCCUACGAUCCACGUGGAGGAAAAGAUAAUGAGCGUAGAUUGACCGGCCAAUGCGAAACCAGCAGUAUUCACGAUUUCAGCGCUGGCGUAGCUAAUCGUACCGUCAGUAUUCGUAUACCUCGUGGUGUAGCCGAAGAUAAGAAGGGCUACCUCGAGGAUAGAAGACCCAGCAGUAAUUGCGAUCCUUAUGCUGUGUGCAAUGCUCUUGUACGCACUUGCAUUCUCAACGAGUAAACAGAGUAUUUUGAUACACUUUGAAAACUUCUACUAUUUGUAGAUGUUACACGCACUUGGCCCGGUUAAAUGAUUUUUAGCUAGUAGUAAAAUAGAAUCCUGAAAGAUCUGGG